AUGACGUCUCAAGACCAAGAAACGCCUCUUGAACUAUCAAUCGAGAACCUUCGAGCCCUCAACCGGCUCAACGACUCAUCCACGGCAAAGACAAUGGCCCCCCAAAAUAUCCUCGUCCUCGGCGCCGGGGAACUUGGCCUCUGCGUCCUGGAGGCGCUGGCCAGUCACCCCAAGCGCCAGCGCGUCUCAGUUCUCGUACGCCAGGCGACGCUCGACUCUGCCGCGCCUGAGAAGAAGAAGCUAGUCCAGCGCAUUCAGUCCCUCGGCGUCAAGGCUGAAGCAGCCGAUGUCGUAGACGCCAGCGUGGCGGACCUGGCAGCCGUGUUUUCAAGGUACGACAUUGUCAUCUCGUGCAACGGCAUGGGGCUCCCAGCAGGAACGCAGCUCAAGCUUCUGGAAGCUGUGCUGCAGGCUAAAGUCAAGCGAUUCAUCCCCUGGCAAUUCGGUAUGGACUACGACGUCAUUGGGCAGGGGAGCUCGCAGGACCUGUUUGACGAGCAGUUAGCAGUGCGGAAGCGACUAAGGGCGCAGGACGAAGUUGACUGGACGAUUGUGUCUACGGGGCUGUUUAUGAGUUUCCUGUUCCUAGCAGACUUUGGCGUUGUUGAUUUUGGAAGUAAGACUGUGAGAGCGUUGGGGAGCUGGGAGAAUAAGAUCACGGUCACGACUCCAGAAGACAUUGGACGCGUGACGGCGGACGUGGUGCUCGAUCCGCGGGGCAUAUCAAAGCAAGUUGUCUUCACAGCCGGCGACACUAUUUCCUACGGCGCGCUAGCCUCGCUACUGGACGAGCACUUCCAUACGCAGUUCAAGCGAGAGGUGUGGGAUGCAGAAGAGCUGAAGAGGCAGCUGGAGCAGGGCCCCAGCAUGAUGGUCAAGUAUAGAGAUACGUUUGCGCAAGGACGCGGGGUUGCGUGGGAUAAAGAGGGGACGGUUAAUGCAGAGCGGGGGAUCGAGAUGAUGGAUGUAAGAGGGUAUCUUGAGGGAUUGGAUGUGAAGCUUGGGGAGUCAGAUGAGUGA